AUGGCCGCCCGGGCUGGGGAGAGAGCGGACCCACGGGGAGGGAGGUGGAAACGCGGCCAGGCGCACCCCCAGCAGGGACACUCGGAGAUUCCCCGGGUGUGGCCCCAGGUACAAGGGGCUCUGCGGACCGGCUUCCAGCCACCUCCAGGUCUCCGGGCGGGCCAGCCGCUCCGCUGCCGCCGCAACGAGAGCCCGCGAUGCCACUCGCCUGGGGAGCUGCCGCUGGCGGCCCCCACAAACCUGCUGUCUCACGUUGCCAAGUGCGGACAGGCUCUGCCAGUAGCCCCGGUGUCCACCCUGGAGGUAAAUGGCAACAAGUGGCAGGAGUGGCCCCUGCCUGGCAUCCAGUGCAUGGCGCCUCCCCGGAAUAAGCUGCUCCGAGCUGGCAUCCACCAGCGGUCCCUCUCACCCUGGAGAUACCGGGUGGACACAGACGAGAACCGCUACCCCCAGAAGCUGGCCUUUGUGCAGUGCCUCUGCAUGGGCUGCAUCGACGCCAACACGGGCCACGAGACCAUCUGGCUCAACUCUGUGCCAGUGACCCAGAACCUGCUCGUGCUGCGCCGCAAGCCCUGCACCGACGCCCCAGGGACGCCUGCGCCUGAAGCCUUCUCCUACCGCUCCGAGUUCAUCGACGUGCCUGUCGGCUGCACCUGUGUCAUGCCCAGGUCGGCCAGGUGACCUCCCCGCCUGGACAUCAGGGGCCCUCUCUGGGUCACUGGUCACUUACGUGCCCCUGGGGUGACCUUGGCUCUGCCGCCGCGGGGUCCCUGGCCUUGAGUUUGGGGUGACAGCGGCAGAGCCCAGGUGCCAGGAGGGCUGGGUCCUCCAUAGCCAGGGGGGUGCCCCUGUGCAUCAGUGCCCAUCUCCAGACUCAGCUG